AUGCAGGGCUGCACUUUUAUAGGCAAAGUGCUGCUGGCAGCCUUGGCUGUGCUCGCGGAUGUGUUGAAUGGGGAGCACCUGACAAAUGCAAGCUGUGCCAACGACGACGAUCAGGCCCUCGUACAAGCACGCGUGAAACAUAUCGAUGUCCCGGGUAUUGCAGAUGAUAUUACACUCAGUGUUUGUUCUCCUGACCAAACACCGCCCGUGCUGGUCGUGCCUUCUGACAUCACAUUUUCCAACGACUUGGGCAAGUGUGAGGGCGAGGUGCCCUACAAGUGGCCCAGUGCGACGGACUUCUGCGACCCGGCGCCAUCGGUUGUGCAAACCGCCGGCUUGGGCUCCGCCCAAGACUUCCCAGUGGGCAUCACCACGGAGACCUUCGAAGCGACCGAUGCUUCUGGCAACACUGCAACCGCCAGCUUCACGGUUACGGUGAAUGACAGACAGAACCCGAAGAUUUGGUCUGUGCCUGCAAACAUCAUAGUGGACACUGCUCCUGGUCAGUGUGACGCUGUUGUGACCUUUGCAGCACCUACGUUUAGUGACAACUGUCCGGGAGCGACGAUUGCACUGACCAGCGGCCUGAGCUCCGGUGCUGCUUUCCCAGUGGGCAGCACGACGGAGACCUUCACCGCGACCGAUGCUUCUGGCAACACCGACAGCGAGAGCUUCACUGUUACGGUGAAUGACAACGAGGACCCCGUGCCGGUUUUGCCUGCGGACAUCGUGGUGAGCAGCGACCCUGGAGUGUGUGGGGCCGUGGUGACCUAUCCUGUAGAUGCAACAGACAACUGUCAGGGAGCGACGAUUGCACUGACCAGCGGAUCCGGCUCGGGUGCUGUUUUCUCAGUGGGGUCCGCCACCACAGAGACUUACACUGCGACCGAUGCAGCUGGCAACACUGCGAGCGGUAGCUUCACUGUUACGGUGAACGACAACGAGAACCCAGUGAUUUCAGAUCUGCCAGCUGACAUCACAGUGGGCAACGACCCUGGACUGUGUGUGGCCGUCGUGUCCUAUCCUGCUCCUAAUCCCCCCACGGACAACUGUCCGGGAGGGGCGAUGGCGCUGACCAGCGGCCUCGGCUCCGGCGCUGCUUUCCCAGUGGGCAGCACGACGGAGACCUUCACCGCGACCGAUGCUUCUGGCAACACCGACAGCGAGAGCUUCACUGUUACGGUGAAUGACAACGAGGACCCCGUGCCGGUUUUGCCUGCGGACAUCGUGGUGAGCAGCGACCCUGGAGUGUGUGGGGCCGUGGUGACCUAUCCUGUAGAUGCAACAGACAACUGUCAGGGAGCGACGAUUGCACUGACCAGCGGAUCCGGCUCGGGUGCUGUUUUCUCAGUGGGGUCCGCCACCACAGAGACUUACACUGCGACCGAUGCAGCUGGCAACACUGCGAGCGGUAGCUUCACUGUUACGGUGAACGACAACGAGAACCCAGUGAUUUCAGAUCUGCCAGCUGACAUCACAGUGGGCAACGACCCUGGACUGUGUGUGGCCGUCGUGUCCUAUCCUGCUCCUAAUCCCCCGACGGACAACUGUCCGGGAGGGGCGAUGGCGCUGACCAGCGGCCUCGGCUCCGGCGCUGCUUUCCCAGUGGGCAGCACGACGGAGACCUUCACCGCGACCGAUGCUUCUGGCAACACCGACAGCGAGAGCUUCACUGUUACGGUGAAUGACAACGAGGACCCCGUGCCGGUUUUGCCUGCGGACAUCGUGGUGAGCAGCGACCCUGGAGUGUGUGGGGCCGUGGUGACCUAUCCUGUAGAUGCAACAGACAACUGUCAGGGAGCGACGAUUGCACUGACCAGCGGAUCCGGCUCGGGCGCUGUUUUCUCAGUGGGGCCUGCCACCACAGAGACUUACACUGCGACCGAUGCAGCUGGCAACACUGCAAGCGGUAGCUUCACUGUUACGGUGAACGACAACGAGAACCCAGUGAUUUCAGGUCUGCCAGCUGACAUCACAGUGGGCAACGACCCUGGACUGUGUGUGGCCGUCGUGUCCUAUCCUGCUCCUAAUCCCCCGACGGACAACUGUCCGGGAGGGGCGAUGGCGCUGACCAGCGGCCUCGGCUCCGGCGCUGCUUUCCCAGUGGGCAGCACGACGGAGACCUUCACCGCGACCGAUGCUUCUGGCAACACCGACAGCGAGAGCUUCACUGUUACGGUGAAUGACAACGAGGACCCCGUGCCGGUUUUGCCUGCGGACAUCGCGGUGAGCAGCGACCCUGGGGUGUGUGGGGCCGUGGUGACCUAUCCUGUAGAUGCAACAGACAACUGUCAGGGAGCGACGAUUGCAUUGACCAGCGGAUCCGGCUCGGGCGCUGUUUUCUCAGUGGGGUCCGCCACCACAGAGACUUACACUGCGACCGAUGCAGCUGGCAACACUGCAAGCGGUAGCUUCACUGUUACGGUAAAUGACAACGAGCACCCAGCUCUUGACGUGGAGGAUAUCAAUGUGCAGUCCUGCAGUCCGACUGCAGUCACAUUUUCUCCUACAGCAACUGACAACUGCCAGGGUGUGACCUCUGCUUGCAGUCCGUCAUCGGGCUCCGAGUUCGCCGUCGGCGAGACACAAGUGACCUGCACCGCAGUCGACGCAGCAGGCAGCACCACGCAAGAGAGCUUCGUCGUUUUGGUGGAGUGUGUUGGCCAUGGCUACCACAAAAAGUCCCACAGAAGCAACAUGCGCAGCCCCAGAAACCGCCGCCUCAAGAAGUGGUUGCACCGAAACCGCCGCCUGAAGAAGUGGUGGCACAGAAACCGCCGCUUGAAAAAGUGGUCGCACUACGGGCGCUACUGGCAUCAUCGCCGAUGA